AGUGGAUCUGAUGAUAAAGCAUUGUGGACCAGAAGAAGCUGUGAAGAUCACGGUGGACAUCCUGAGGAAGAUGAACCAGAACUAUCUGGCUGAAGAGUUAGAGAAGACACACAAGCGAGUCACAUUCACCAACAUUGAUCUCUGGACCAGGAACGACUUCCUACAAUAUUCCCAUCAGCUCACUCUGGAUCUGAACACAGUGAAUGAAUACCUCCAUCUGUCUGAGAACAACAGAAUGAUUACAUUCACUGACACAGAUCAGUCGUAUCCUGGUCAUCCGGACAGAUUUGAUCCUGUGCCUCAGGUGUUGUGUAGAGAGAGUGUGUGUGGACGCUGUUACUGGGAGCUGGAGUGGAGAGGAGGUGUGUGUAUAUCAGUGUCAUAUAAGAGCAUCAGCAGGAAAGGAGCAGGUUAUGAGUGUGUGUUUGGAUGUAAUGAUCAGUCCUGGAGUUUGAUCUGCUUUCCUGACAGUUUCUCAUUCACACACAAUAACAUACAGACGGAUCUCUCAGUGAAGCCCAUCCGCAGCAGAACAGGAGUGUAUGAUGAUGUUGUCAGGAGAAUAGGAGUGUUUGUGGAUCACAGUGCAGGAACUCUGUCCUUCUACAGCGUCUCUGACACAAUGAGCCUCAUCCACACAGUCCAGACCACAUUCACUCAGACACUCUAUCCUGGAUUUAGGGUUCAUUAUUAUGGAUCAUCAGUGAAACUCUAGAUUGAUGAGAGAUUCUACCCAUGAUGCUUUGAACUGAAUGAUGAAUCAGUGACAGUGGGAUGUUAUAGAGUCUCUUCAUCACAUUAACUCUUACUGACAUAACGGUAAGAAUAAAUGUGUAAGAAAUCCUCAUAGAGAUCAGUG